UCACACCUCCAGUGCCAAUGUGCGUGGGAACACUAGCAUAGCAUCAACGCCGUGGUGCAUACCAGCAUUUUAAGCCCCAUGUCUCUCAGAUCUGCUCUGACUGAAGACUUGAAGUCGUGUAGAAUCUUGGGACUCACGUCUGGGCUUGGCUCCAAGCAAACCUGCAACAACUUGGACGCCAAGGGCUUUGCAUGGGUGCUGCAGGGAGGUGAUUGCUGCAUUUCCUCAGAGACAGGAUUCCCCAGAGCAGCUGUGGAUGCGCUGAUGAGCCAGGCAGCAUGUCAACAAAAUGCUGGUUGCCGGGGACGCAGUGCAUCACCAAGCACGACCACACCAAGCCCAAAGCCCGUGAGCUCGCCUUCCGCAAGGGCGACAUUGUCACCAUCGUCGAGAUCUGCGAGCUGGUUCCAUGGGAAGAUCUCUGGUGUGGAGGCCGUGCAGGCGCUCCAGCCCCCUGAGGACGGGCUCUUCCUGGUGCGGGAGUCCAUCCGGCACCCUGGGGACUACGUGCUGUGCGUCAGCUUUGGCAAGGAGGUCAUCCACUACCGCAUCAUCUACCAGGAGAACCGGCUGAGCAUCGAUGCCUCCGUUUGCUUCUACAACCUCAUUGACAUGAUCGAGCACUAUAUGAAGGACCAGGGAGCCAUCUGCACCAAGUUGGUAAAACCCAAACCAAAGCCUGGGCUGAAGUCUGCUGAGGACGAGCUGGCCAAGGCUGGCUGGUUACUGAAACUGCAGCACCUCACACUGGGAGACAAGAUUGGGGAAGGAGAAUUCGGAGCUGUCCUGCAGGGAGAGUACAUGGGGCAGAAAGUGGCCGUGAAGAACAUCAAGUGCGACGUCACCGCCCAGGCCUUUCUCGCUGAGACCGCUGCCAUGACGAAGGUCCGUCACAAAAACCUGGUGCAGCUGCUGGGUGUGAUCCUGCACAACGGCCUGUAUAUCGUCAUGGAGUACAUGAGCAAGGGGAACCUGGUCAACUUCCUGCGGACACGGGGCAGAUCGGUCCUCCAGCCCAAGCAGCUCAUCCAGUUUGCCCUGGACAUCUCCCAGGGGAUGGACUACCUGGAGUCCAAGAAGCUGGUGCACAGGGACCUUGCUGCCCGCAACAUCCUGAUCUCAGAGGAGAAUGUGGCCAAAGUGAGUGACUUCGGCUUGGCCAAGGUGGACCCAAAAGGCGUAGAUGCCACCAAGCUGCCGGUCAAGUGGACGGCUCCGGAGGCCCUGAAAAACAAUAAAUUCUCAACCAAGUCGGACGUCUGGAGCUAUGGGAUCCUCCUGUGGGAACUGUUUUCCUACGGCCGGGCACCCUACUCCAAGAUGACUCUGAAGGAAGUGACGGAGAUGGUAGAGAAGGGGUACCGGAUGGAGGCCCCUGAGGAAUGCCCACCCUCCCUCUACACCCUGAUGAAGAGCUGCUGGGAGACAGAGCCGGGGAAGCGGCCUUCCUUCAGGAAGCUCACCGAGAAGCUGCAGAAGGAGCUGAAGCACAUAAGGGACAGUUAGCCCUGGUGGCUCCUGCUCCCAGGGCCGCAACAACCCCGACUCCCUGCGCCUGCACGAGGCUGAGAGACUGGUUCCAAGGGGCCCAUAUUUAUCCUGGCAGCCCUAGCAUGUCCCUGCACAAGCACAGCUCUCCGAGAGCGCGUACAGGCUGGGAAUAGACUGGCAUCGUGUGCCUCGUGGGUAUAUGUACGCCGGAGGUGUGCUCAGUUCUGAACCAUACCUGGCAGGUUUCUGAUUCGUUCAGGAUGAGUCUGGUCACAUGGCCCCGUGGAUUGCAAUCUGGUGGCCAUAUGCCCCCCCAUCCACUAGCCACAAACCACAGCUCAGGGACGGCUGGGAGGAGUGUGUCCCAUUGCGCUGAGCCAGCAGCGCCCUCCUGUGGCUGGUGCUCAAGCAUGAGAGCCCUUGACACUCCUGCAAUCAGCGCAAACGGCUGAAACGUUCAGCGAAGCCAGAGCGUCUCCAGGGCCCAGGGAUUGGGCUGGGGCUGGGGCUGGGGCGGGAGAAUGGUGGGUGGAGAGGAAGUGCUGCUCCUUAGCUCUUGGAACCUGGACUCAGUUCUCCAGAGGCUCCUACUGAUGUUUAUUUCCAAGUGUUUGCCUCAUGUUUUAGUGAUUGAAAAUGUGGCAACAGCACAAAAUGAACAGAGUCCCACUGUC